AUGUACCUGCGGAGUGUUGUCCGCACCCCUUUCCUGCUCCGUGCUGGGAUCCGGCAGCACCCGCAGCGGUUAAUUCAGCGGAGGCGAUCCGGUCGGUGCCCUUACAAAGCUGUGAUCUUUGACGAGAGCGGAGUGCUCCUGCCGUCCCCUUACAAGACAGCUGCGGACUGGGAGGCCCGGAAUUGUAUUCCAGCCAGCACCAUCCAGCAAGCUCUACUCUCUGGAGGGGAAAACAGCCCCUCUCUGAAGUACGCAAGAGGAGAGCUGACAACUGUGGAGUUUUUGCAGGAACUGGGACAGCAGUGCUUUGAGAUUGCAAAUGUCUGUGUUCCAGUAGACUCUUUUCUCUUGGACUUAAUCAGAAAUGAGAUGAUAAAACAGCUCCCCAUAAUGGCAGAAGCAGUACAGUGUAUCCGUGCGGAAGGUCUUAAGACAGCUCUUCUAAGCAACAACGUCUGCCUGCCGAAUGGAGAGAGCUUUCUGCCCCUAGACCGCGAGCACUUCGAUGUGAUGGUUGACUCUUACUGGGAAGGAAUACGCAAGCCAGAUCCUCGUAUCUACGAGCUGUGCUUGGAGCGCUUGGGCGUUCAGCCCCGGGAAUCCAUCUUCCUCGACAACAGCAGCCGGAGCCUAAAAGCAGCAGCCCUGCUCGGCAUUAAAACGGUGAAGGUCGAUGAUCCAGAAGUAGCACUCAAAGAGCUGGAAACCUAUCUGGGUUUUCCUUUGCAAGGGUUUGUUCCAUAUACUCGUUCAGUGAGGCCAAGCAUAGAAAUCCCAAAAGAUCGUCUGCAGAAGUACCUUGAAAAUGUCCUCAGAGACCAGGCAACAGGCCCACUAGUGUUACGGCAGUUUGGCCACGGACAGUCUAGCCGGAGCUACUACGUCAAGUUUGGGGAUCGCUUGCUAGUGCUGAAGAAGGAGUCCUUGGACAGCCUGCAUCCCUCAGGCCCUGCUGUCAGAAGGGAAUACAGGGUACUGAAGGCACUCUCUGAGGCUGGUGUUCCUGUUCCCACUGUACUUGCUCUCUGCGAGGACAGAAGCACCUUUGGCACUCCGUUCUACCUGAUGGAGCACUGUGCUGGCCGUGUCUACAGGGAUGGCUCCCUCCCGGCCCUGCAGCCUCGCCAGCGGACGGCUGUUUAUGCUGCCAUGAGCCAAGUCCUCUCCAAGAUCCACAGCGUAGACCUCAGAGCAGCCAAACUGCAGGACCUCAGGGAGCAUGGUAAUUACAUUCAGUGGCAAGUUGAGACCUGGACAAAGCAGUAUCGAACUAUGGAAACUCAUAUUAUCCCAGCCAUGGAGAGACUCAUCGAGUGGCUGCCGCUGCAUUUUCCUGAAUCUCAGAAGACAACAGUUGUGCAUGGUGAUUUCAGGAUAGACAACCUGGUCUUUCAUCCAGACAGGCCAGAAGUCCUUGCUGUCCUUGGCUGGAAGCUUUCAACUCUAGGAGAUCCCAUCUCUGAUUUGGCGACUAACUGUAUGGCCUACUUCCUGCCACCUCACUUUAAUGCACUGAGAGGCUUGAGGCAGUGCGAUUUGAGGUGCCUGGGGGUCCCCACAGCCGAUGAGUAUUCCCAGAUGUACUGUGGCCACAUGGGAGUGGAGCGCCCCGAGAACUGGAAUUUCUACAUGGCCUUUGCCUUUUUCCGACUGGCUGCGACGCUGCAGGGACUCUACAAAGGCUCUCUGGCAGGGGAAAACAGCCCGGAGGAUGCGGAGUUUGUGGCCAACCUGGCUUGGGAGUUCGCCAUAAAAGAAGGAUUCCGUGUGUUUGACAGCCGCCCCACCACAAAGCCUCUCGCACGACGUUACAGCACCUGGGCCAG